CCUGCCAUUCUGCGGUAGGAAGCACCUGUCUACGUCACAUACAGCACCUGUUUCGGGGUGGGGUCUGUCUGUCUCCGCAGCCAGCAAAGCAAAUUCCCGAAAGGUGUCGGACAAGGAAGACAAAACACAAGACAGACAGAACAAUGGGGAGUCUGUUUAGGAGGAUAAUUUAGGUCUUUCCUUUUUUUUAAUAGAUAAUAAAUUGGGCGAGAUAAUAUUUAUUAGUUUAAUGGAUCAAUCAUCAACGAUGAGGAGGUUGAUACUGGCCGCGUUCGUCCUCUCUUCCCUACCGACAGAGGUGCAGGGCGUCCAGGUGAAUGUUCCUCAGACAGAGAGGAGUACAGCUCUGUUUGCCUCCGUCAUUCUGAAGUGUGAUUACUCCACCUCCGCUAACCAGCAGGAUGUCCAGGUCACCUGGCGAUACAAGUCCUUCUGCAAGGACCCCAUCCUGGAGUAUUACUCCCAAGCGUACCAGAAUGCUCUGCAGCUGGGUCAGGACCCGGCCAAUGACUGCCCAGACCGCCAGCGCACGGUGAGGAUCAUCGUCCAGAAGAGAGGCUCCAACGAGGCCAUACUGGGCACAGAGUACCGGGAACGCAAGAUCUCCGUCCAGAACAAGGCUGACCUGGUGAUCAAUGAGAUCAUGUGGUGGGACAACGGAGUUUACUACUGUUCUGUGGAAGCCACGGGAGACACCAGCGGCGGCUUGGAUGGCGUGAUCCAACUCAUGGUCUACAACUGGCUGACGGUGCUGUUCAUAGUGAUUGGAGCUCUGCUCCUCAUCCUGCUCUUCUGUAUCUGCUGCUGCCAGUGUUGUCCUCAGAGGUGCUGCUGCUAUGUCCGCUGCCCCUGCUGCCCACAGACCUGCUGCUGUCCUGAGAAAGCGGUGAUGCAGCACAGGAUGAUGAAGGAUGCCCAGAGGGCCAUGGGUCCAUGGAUGGGAGGUCAGCCCAUCUACAGCCCCAUGAGCCACGGAUCCUCACAGAUGAACCCUCUGCUGUAUGCAGGCUCCCAAUCAGGGAAGAGCAUCGCCAUGGCCCCCAUGCCCCUACCCCCUCCCCCAUCUGGCUACAACAUGCCCCCCAGUGUCCACGCUGCCAGCAUCUACGGCAACCAACAUCCCGGCAACAAGCAGAUGCUGGACUACCUGGAGAGCCAGGUGAGGGGCAUGGAUGGGACCAGCCCCAUGAUGCAGCCCCAACCCCACCACCAGCAGCUCCAGAUGAUACCCCCUCCCCUUCAGCACAUGAUGCCCCAGCACGUCCCCUUCUCAGCGGGUCCUCCCAGCAUGCUCUCUGGCCUGGACGACGGGGCCGUGGAGUACCGGGGGAUCAUCCAGAUGCCUCCCAUCGUAGAGCAGCCUGGACGAGGAGGUCGGAGAGGGGGCCAGCCGCCGCUUGCUCCUAAAACACGUCCACCCAGCUCCAGAGGAAGCAGCCGCAGCGAGAGUCGCUUCACCAGUCACCGUGACGACCGCAGCGAAGCCAGCGGGAGCCGUUACCCGUCGCCGUCAAGGAGCCGUGGCAUGCCAAGGAGCUACAGUGAAGACUUUCUAGACGGGGAGAGCCGGGGGGCGCGGGGUCGACUGGGUUCACGUGACGACCUCAGCGACAGGGUCCCUCGAUCCCGCUCCAGAGACGACCUGUUCGAGGAGCAGCGUCGCGCCCCGCCUCCCAGCAACUACUCCCGCUCCCGCAGAGGGUCGUUCAGUUCAGAUGAGGAUGAAAACAGCAGGAGAGGAGAGGGCAGAGGUCACCGGAGAGGAGGAGGAGGAGAGAUGUAUUCAGACAUUCCGCCCAGCUAUUCUGAAUACGAGCCGGGACAGAAACCACCAAGGAGGAAUGAGCGUUACUCUGUUAAAACUCUGCUUUAGUUAGUACACUGAAUACACACUCCUAAACACAAACCACACACACACACAAACCACACACACACACACACUCACACAACCCCUUCAAAAACAUUUACCAUCUGACAAUGGCAUUUGAUCCAUGCCUUCAAUUACACAUAAUCAUAUAAUCACGCAGAUAUGAAAGAAUCACUCACAAAGACACACUGGUGCACACUACUUGGUUUCGUCACUUCUUCCAUUCAGGGAGCCUUUAAUUAAUCUGUCCCGCUACAGGGCAAGAGUUCUGGCAGGGGCACUGUGGUCAUCUGAUCUGGGCUCUCACUGGCUACCUCUCCUCUCCUUCUGCUGAAUGGCAUUACAACAGCCCCCUCUGCUGGUUGAACGCUCUCAGUGCAGAUAAGUGCCCAAUCUUAACAAUCUGUUGUGCAAACAAAAGCUGUGUGUACAGUACAGUAGUCAGCCAGUGAGUCAGCCCUCAACAGUAGAUGAGCAGUUUGAAAGGCUCAGCAAUGGGAAAUCAGAGACUGUAGAAAGAGCUGAGGUUGGGCAAUUUUGCAGAGCUAAACAACUGUCUCAGGUCACACUGUCAUGUCCUCCUCCACCCUCUAUCUCCUCAUAUUGUGCUAUUCUAAUUAGAGGUUGACCGAUUAUGGUUUUUCAACACCGAUACCGAUUAUUGGAGGACCAAAAAAAGACGAUACCGAUUAAUCGGCCAACUUUUAUUAUUUUUUUUUUUAUUAUUUAAAAUUUUUAAAAGUUAUUUAUUUGUAAUAAUGACAAUUACAACAAUACUGAAUGAACACUUUAACUUAAUAUAAUACAUCAAUAAAAAUCAAUUU